CCAUUAAAAGUCCAUCUCUUUUAGCAUGUCCCGGCAUUUUCGGCCGAUAGCGCGUGAAUUUCUGUUUUAUAGUUGAGUUAAUGCCAAAUAGGAGAUAGUCAGAUAGCCAUCCGCAGCCAUGGCCGACAGCCCGAUGUUCCCGAUGAGCAACCGCAGUGGCCUGCUGCGCACCACACUGAACAACUCCCAGGCGCCGCAGAACCUGUCCCACUCGCUGCUCCUCCUGGAGCAGAGUAACGCGGCCCUGGAGGAUCAAUCGCUGGUCGAGGGCGCCGGCGAUGAUGUGGAUCGCGGCAAGAGCCGCGUGGACAUACUGUUCCCGCAGUUCUUCGACGUGCUGCAGGCGCAGGGCGGCGGACCGGAGACCUUCGAGGUGAUCCAGUCCCUGACCCACGUCUGUCGCGGCGUCGUGGAGCAGCUGGAGCUGGAGAUCGAGCGCGGCGUGGGCGGGGAACAGGGCGCCCGGCAGCGCGAGUCCAUCUUGGGAUGGUUGCGCCAGGAGAUCUACACGUGGCGCCUGCUGCACGCCCUCUUCUACGACCGCAUCCUGCUGCAGACCGACACGCAGGCGGACGACGAGAUGCAGGAGGGCCCCACCCUUGGCGGCAGCGAGAAGGAGGUCAUCCAGCAGCUGUACACCAUCAAUGCCACUCUGCGCGAGUACCAGCUGGUGGUCGACUGGCUGGAGGCCUGCUACAAUCCGGGGGAGCAGCAGAAUCCCCUGCACUGUCACGAUCGCAUGCUGGCCUGGGAGAACACGCUGUUCCAGCUGGAGAACCUGCAGGGCGCCGCCUUUGGCAAGGGCCACGAGAUCGUGACGCGUCUGGACCCGGAUGCCCCCGUCCGCGAGAAGCGUCCACUGCACGCCCUCGACGAGGAGGACAACCUGCGCCUCUCGCGCGCCAUUUUCUCAGCCAUUCGCUCGGGACGCGUGGACGACGGACUGAAGCUGUGCAAGCACUACGGCCAGACCUGGCGGGCGGCCAUCCUGGAGGGCUGGCGUCUGCACGAGGAUCCCAAUUUCGAGCAGAACAUGUCGGCGGUCCACGAAAAGCUGCCCAUCGAGGGCAAUCCCCGGCGGGACAUCUGGAAACGCUGCGCCUGGAUGCUGGCCGACUCGAAGAACUACGAUGAGUACAGCCGGGCCACGGCUGGCGUCUUCUCCGGCCACCUGGGCUCGCUGAAGUCGCUCCUGCACAGCAGCUGGCACGAUUUGCUGUGGGCCCACCUCAAGGUCCAGAUCGACAUCCGCGUGGAGUCCGAGAUACGCGGCUGCUGCCUGAAGCGCUACCAGCCCAUGCCGGACGAUUACUGGAAUGGCAAGAUGACCAUGGAGCAAAUCUUCGACGAGCUGAACGUGGCCAAGGAUGCCUCGGUGCGCGACUUUGCCCAGGGCCAUCUGGGCGUCAUCCAGCGGCACUUGAUCCUGGACACCUGCGGCGAACUGUUGCAGCAAAUGGGGCGUUGGGUGGAGAAGGACGCUGCCCCAUUGUCGUCCCACCAACUGCGCUUCAUGGCCCACAUUGUGCUCUUCCUGCGCCAAAUCGGACGCGUGGAGCAGGAGCAGCAGGCGGAAAAGGUCAUCGCCGCGUAUGUGGAGGCCUUGAUGGCGAGGGGAGAGCCCCAGCUGAUAGCCUACUACGCUGCAGCCCUGUCCAAUCCGCUGCAGGUGAAGCUAUACUCGCGUUUCCUGGAGCAGGUGGAGCAGAAGCGUCAGAGGGAACUGGCGCUGGAUGCCGCCUUGCAAGCAGGUCUCGAUGUGGAGCAGAUUACACGCAUCACCGUGGAGAACAUUCGCUCCACCCGACAAGCACCUGGCAAAUUCGGAGAGCCGCCCUCGGGUGAGAUCUCCGUGGCGGACCAGCGCAAGAUCUCCGCCCUGGAGUGGCUCCUCCAUCUGCCGGAACAGCGCGGUGAGCUGCUGUGGCAGGCGAAUGCCAUGAUGCGCAUCUACCUGGCCUGCAGCAAGGUGGAAUGCAUGCGCCAGACCUUCCGCAUGGUGCCCGGCGACAUUGUGCAGCAGAUCAUGAGCCUGUACAGCUCGGUGGACAACAUUCCGCCGCGCGAGGAGUGCUGCCUGAAGGAGUACCUCUGCUACAAGGUGUACCUGUCCGGCGUGGACAGCUUCGUGGAGUGGAACCGCCUGCAGCAGAACAGGCCAAAGAAGCCGCAGGCCGGAGCCACUGCCUCCGCACAGGACAACUUCACGGAGCGCAUGGCUAGUGAGCGAAAGGAGCAGACCCACCGAACGGAAGUCCUGCGGUGGGAGCACAAGGUCAAGGAGCAGGCCAAGCAAACCAUCGAAACUCUGUACAAUGUGCUGAUGUUCCCGGACAAGGGAUGGCUGGUGGAUCCGUUCAUAGCCAAGCAACCCGAAAACGCCGCGCAGCUGAACUGGGAGAACCGCCUACUGCAGAUGGAGAAGCUGCGCUCCAUCUGCCUGCCCGAGAUCGCCCUGCUCUUGAACGAGGUCAUGUUCAAGUCCGGGGACUUUGCGGGCUGCGUGCGCCUGGCGGACGAGAUAUCCAGCGAAACCCGUCAGCUGUACAAGGUCUACACCAAGCACAAGCUGGCCGAGCUGCUGGCCAAGAUUGCCAACGCAUCGCUGGAGCUGCUCAACUCGAAGCUGGAUCCCUGGGGCUACCCCAUCACAGUCUAAUGUGUGUGUUUUGCGAUUACAUUCUAAAUUUAAACGUUUA